AUGGAUAGCCCCAAGAAGGACGGCGGGCGGCGACCAAGAAAACGGCACUCGCCCCACGCAAAGUCGACAACAACGCCGUCGGCGCCUUCUCUGCCGGUGAGCCACGUGGCUACAGCCGACGGCCACCGCUCGCCUUCCACGACCCCGUUCUCUACGGUGACGCGUAGUGGGACACGGAGCCCGGGCGCCACCAGCGGAUCCAGGUCACAUGGCACGCACCUUGGAUACAAUUAUUACAGCAGCCGCAGCAGGCAGAGCCCUCGCUCCGAGCACUGCCACUUCCCGAUGUGCGGCCAACGCGCUACCAUCCUGACCCUGUCUGUGUUCUCGGUCUCGGUGACGGUGGUGAUUUUGGUCACCCUGGUGCUUUCUCUCUACGCCGACACGGUGCACUACCCUCCGAAACGCCAGCCGCGCUUCGUCUCUCCCAGCGUCAUGGGCGUCUACCGUGACUGGGUCGUCGUCUCGAGCGCCCGCCAGUGCAACAACGUCACCAGAAAUAUUUUUAUCAAGAACGGAACCGUGGGCGACGCCGCCGUGGCCACCAUGCUGUGCAUGUGCGUCGUGAUGCCUCACCGGUGCGGACUUGGAGGGGGAUUCGCGGCCACCUACUACAACCGGAAGACGACGAACGCGACGGCUGUGUUGGCCACGGCCAGAGCCCCAGUUGCGUCCUCGCUCGGCAUGUUCAGCAGCAACAUCAACGCCUCGUUCGCCGGUCCGGCUGGCCCUUCGGGCGCUGCUAAUGGUACCUGUUGCUGUAGUGGUGGCGGCUUCUUCUUGGCCGGUGGCGGUGCCACUGGUGGUGAGGACGACGGUGGUGACGAGGAUGAUGAUGAAGAUGAAGGUGGCACCCGCUCGCGGUUCCUAGAACAGUCGCCAGGGCCUCGGCUCCGAGAUCGAGUAAGAGCUGUAGCCACGUUCGGCGAGCUGAAGGGCUACGAACUCCUGCUCAACGUGACCGGCAGUCGCGUCCCUUGGCGAGAACUGUUCGAGGGUGCGAUCACGCUUGCCGAGCGGGGCGUCCGGGUGUACGACGAUCUGGCCCGCAACAUCGCCACAGUGGCUGACGACCCAGACUUCAGCGCCAGAAAGUAUCUACAAAAGCCCCCGACGACGCGCGUCCUUAAGUCUGGCGACGUGUACCGCAAUGAGAAGCUGGCUGAAACGCUUCGCCAGAUAGCCGAUAGUCCCUUGAGGGGGCGCUUUCUCCACUCGGGACCGGUGAUGGAAACCUCGAUCAAGGAGCUCAGGAGCGAUGGUGGAAUACUGACCGAGGAGGACUUCGCCUCGUUCAAGGUAGAAGCUACUGCUGCCGUGUCGAUGGGGAUGUCUACGCACCUCAAACUGUUCACAACGCCGCCGCCGACGUCUGGCGCUAUUCUCGCCUUCGUGAUGUCUAUUGUAGACAAGAUCCAGCGCGGCGGUCGCCUUCCCGACGACGUCAGCAGUGCGCACUAUACUGUGGAGGCUCUCAAGUUCGGAUUCGCACGGCGCUCUCAUUUGGGAGACCCAGAGGCGCCGGAAGUCAGACAGCCGGUAAGGAGGCUGCUGAAGGAGCUGCUGAACGGGAAUGUGUCCGAAUCCGUGGCCCGCGAGUGGAUCAGAGAGUUGCCCAACGCGGACGCUAGCUACUACGGACUCGAGCCGUCAUCUGGUACCGACCAUGGUUCAGGCCAAAUGUGCGUCAUCGGCCCAGAUGGUGAUGCGCUCUGCCUCGUCAGCAGUCUGAAUGCACCGUUCGGGGCCCGCUUCCUGUCGGAGGUUACCGGAUUGUGGUACAACAACUACAUGAGCGCCUUCUCUUCGCCGUACGAACAGAGUGGACGCCGAAUGCCCUCCAGCGAGAACAACUAUAUCCGACCCAAAAUGCGCCCCUCGUCAUCGUUUUGCCCAACUCUAAUUGUCGAUGCGAAAGGCAACGUCAUUUUCGCCACAAGUGCCACGGGCGGACAGGCGAUCAUCUCUGGCAUACUUCAGGUUCUGGUACGGUGCCUGUGGAUGGCUCACAACGUGAAGCAAAGCAUCGACGCCGGCCGCCUUCACAACCAGCUCCAUCCCGAAAACGUCGUCUACCACGAGAAUACCACCGAUAAGGACGUGCUGGCCGGUCUCAAGUGGCGCGGUCACGAGCUGAGAGAGUUCACGUGGCCGGGGGCCGUGAUUGCCGUCCGCCGUCGAAGUCAGGGCAUCUACGAGGCGUGCCACGACUACCGCGAUGGGUCCAUCGCGUCUUCGGACGGUGGAUAG